AUGAAUAUGGAGCCACUUGCAUCUGACGCCCAACCGCCCGAGAUCAACGAACGCGAACGCGGGCCUGACAUCUCUGAGUCGAGAGAUCUUACCUCUUCUCCAUCGAAAGCUGCGCCUAUACCUGCGGAUGAGAGCAAUGAAGAAGCACCGUGGAGAACUUGGUGGGAGGAGUCGACUUCUUCCAGUCGCUUUCUUGUUGCAAAAAAGCCUUUGCCGGGAACAAGAUGCAAGAAAUGCAAGAGAUCGGAAUUAGAAACGCUGGGAGAACUCACCUGGUCACUUGAUGAUGAGAGUUCUCGCACCUGCUGGCAGUGCCUUAUCGUCCUUACUAUGGCCGAAAUGAUACUUGGGAGACCUCUCUCAGGCAUUGACCUGGUCUAUGUAUGCUCGGUUAUACCUUUCCGGCGCAGUUGCUGCGAGGCUCACUAUGAACAGCCACUACUUUCCAUUGACCGGCUUCAUGUUAUUUCUGGUCCUGAUGAUGAUCCUCAUAACGAUCGGUCUCAUACGAUCUUUAACGUGUUUGUCUACCAACCAUCGCCCGUGUUUCUCAGUGACUUAUACACCGAAUCGGAUUUCGAAAUAUUUGUGUCCCAUUCGUUCAAGGUGGCGCGUACUUGGCUUGAAAGCUGUCUCCAGGAUCAUGCCGACUGUCCUGGUAAAGUAGAAGCACUCUUGCCACGACGUUUAAUCUUUGUUGGCAACGGCAUUGAAGAUGUUCGACUUGUUGAAAACAGCAAAGCUACCUUUGGCCGCUAUACAUGCCUUGGCCAUUGUUGGGGAACCAAGCAACCUCUAAGGACGACAAGGGACAAUAUCAAAGCUCAUCGCCUAAACAUCGAUUGGAAGAGAAUUCCAAGGACCUUUCAAGACGCGAUUCAAUUCACUCAACAUCUAGGGAUACAUUAUCUGUGGAUCGAUUCUCUAUGCAUUAUUCAGGAUGAUUCGGACGAUUGGGCUGAUACUUUUGUUACCCGUGGUCAUCCUCAUCCCCAUAUACCCGUCAACGAGAAUCCGCCAUUGUUUAGCCGUGCGUGGGUAUUGCAGGAGCGUAUCUUAGCUCCAAGGGUUGUACACUUCUGCGGAGAAGAAUUGAUGUGGGAGUGUAGGUCUAUGACCUUCUGUGAAUGUCUGCCUCCGCAUCUUGGUGGUACCUAUCCGAACGGCACUCUUAAACCCAUAUUUCAUCGCGACCUCAAGCAGGGACACCCUGCACAAAUGGUCUCCAGUUGGCAUGAUGUACUUCUUGAGUAUUCAGCUCUGAAUCUGAGCCAUGAAGCUGACAAACUCCCUGCGCUCUCCGGACUGGCCAAGCAGAAUGGGCGUGACCUACUGUGGAGUUCCCAUUAUUCCAGCCGCGUCAAGCUUGAACGUGGCCCAGAAGCGUGGAGAGCUCCGAGCUGGUCGUGGGCAUCACAAAAUACCGUUGUCAGGUUUCCUACCAGGAUUCCCGAUAUCAUGAUGGCCUACAUAGACCUAGUCAGUUGCGAAACCAUUCCAGCUACUCUAGACCCUACUGGCAAAGUCUCUGCAGGUACAUUGGUCGUAUCGGGAAAGCUUCGUGACGCGCGAAUUAUCCGUGAGUUCGUGAAGGAGCAGGACCUAGAAGAGGGGAAGAUAAAGAUGGGAACACUCACGCUGAGAAUCCAAGAUACAGGGGCUCAGAUUCAGUCGCGUUUCGUCAUGUUUGACUCUGGGGAAUAUGUUAUACGUGGUGUUUCUGCGAGUGCGACAGUUACGAUGGACUCGCCUUUUCAUCUUCUUCAUUCUGAGAUGAAUACGCAGCAUAACGACUACUACAAAGGCAGCCAAGUCAAAUGUCUUCAGUUGGUUCAGGUGGGAUACGCUGAGCUAUUAGAAGGGAGGGGUACGACGUGGGAGGAGGACCAAAGGCAGAAGAAAGGAAAUACCGGAGGCCAAGAUGGUGGCGAAAGGGAAGAAAAAAAAGAAGAAGAGGGGGAAGAGGAAGAAGAAGAAGGUGAAGACGAGGAGCAAGGACAGGAGGAAAAAGAAGGGAGUGAAGCAGGGGAGAAAGCAGAUCAAGACCAAGACAAACCUACCGAUUGGGGUGUCACCGUUAUGAUGCGUAUCUCACCGCGCCUGCUUCCAUAUUCUGAUUUGAUGGACCUCGAAAUGGGUCGCGAACAUGAACAUGAUGGGGGCUGGAUUUUGCGAGGGAUGGAGAGCGUGUGGUCAAGCACAGAUUGGUGA